GAAUCUGCGGGGAGCCUCCGGGGGCUUCGUGGACGAAAUCAACUUUGAAGACUUCCUGACCGUCAUGUCCAACUUCCGCCCCAUCGAGUUGAAUAUGGACGAGGAGCAGCUGGACCGUUCCAGGAAGCAGAAGUUGAAAUUCCUCUUCCACAUGUACGAUGGAGACAGUGAUGGGAAGAUCACCUUGCAGGAAUACAGAAAUGUGGUCCAACAGAUGCUCUCAGGAAACCCCCACCUGGAUAAGGAAUCCGUGAGAUCCAUAGCGGAUGGAGCCAUGAUGGAGGCUGCUAGCAUCUGCGUGGGACAGAUGGAGCCGGAUCAAGUCUACGAAGGGAUCACAUUUGAUGAUUUCCUGAAGAUAUGGGAAGGAAUCGACAUAGAGACCAAGAUGCACGUCCGCUUCCUGACGCUGGAACCCAUGGCGUUCUGCUACUGACGACGGCGGAGUAGCUGCAACUGGGUGGUGGGAGGCUUUGGAGAUAGCUGUGAGCUUGUUUGGGUGGG